AUGCUGGACUUUAACGACGAGGCGUCCGGCCAUGAAAAAACCUAUACUUCUUUUGGCCAGCUGCCGGCCCAUGUAGAUCGUGAAAAGCCGCCGCCUCGAAAGGCGCCAUUUUCGACAAUUUCAAACCACGCGUUUGUGCACACAACCGAGUUGAUUCUGCCUAAAGAUGUGUAUAACGCAGUAUGGAGCUCGAUGCGUUCGAGGCUAGAGCAGCCGCAGUAUAUCCAAGUCAUUAUGCCUCUGUCGUCGUUGUUAGAAGGUGACUUUUUCAACGCGUUUAUCAAGACAGGGUCUGCUCUUAUGCUCUCCGAGGGCCGACCAGGCGUAGACGAUGUUUACUCUGUGCGCGAUGGAGUCGUGACACUCGAGCUGGGCAAAGAAAAGUACGAGCGCUCCGGCCUCACGGGCAAGCCAAUUCGCAGCGGCGCGAGGAAACAUGCCAAAGAACGAUUCACGGUCGAUCUCGAUCUCCGCCAGCCGUCGAUGCUGCACGGCAAGAAAGGCUUCGAGCGCGUUGCCUGGGCCUUUCGCAAUGUGCUUAACGCCUCGCUGACCUGGCUGCUGCUCGUCGACUCGUCUGUCUCUGUAGGCUCGCUGGAUCAAGCUAUGAGCCUCCUCGCAAAACACCAGCCGAGGAUAGCAACUUGCCGUUUCACAGAAACCGUCCACCCUCACAUGUACACGCCGCCGCUGUCUACGGACGAGGUUGCCUCUUUGGCUUCAGAAACCGACAUCGAGGACUACUGCAACGACCUGUCGGAAUGGCUCGCCCUGGUGUCGCUUGAGUCCCCGAGAAUAUUAGUAGGCGACGACAUCGACCCCUAUCUCAGCCGGUAUUCGCUGCCUCAGUCAGACCCGGAGCGUCCACAGCCAUCAUCGACUCUCGUGACGCUGCGAUGGCACGGCGCCAUGACUGCGAACUGGAUCACCCAGCUCUUCCUUUCUCUGCUCCAUGAAUACCGGAACCGCACUGACGAGGUGAACGACUGGGCUUCCCUAUCGGCCACGGCAUUCAACAGACACGCUGUCGAGAAUGCUGAUGGGUACAAUAUAAUGGCCUGGCACAGCAAUCACAUUUCCUGGGAAUUCGUCGGCGCGUCACAGCGGGCGUAG